CCGUCGCUGUUCACUUCGUCGGUACAGUUCAAUCCUUGUUUGUUUGUUAGUUUGGUUCUUCGCCCCACUUUUUACCCACUUACUGACAGGGCCCUGCAGCCAACCAAAAAUCGGCCUUUUUACCCACCUGUUCAGCUUCCUGGCUCUGGCACUGCAUUCAACAAAACCAUCGACCAAACCAUCAAAAAAAGCAUCACCACCAUCAAAGCCAUCAAAUCCUUCAAAAUCGCCCAGGGCAGCCAAAUCAGCCAAAUCAGCCAGAUCAGCCAGGUGGGCAGCCAAAUCAGCCAAAUCAGCCAAAUCAGCCAGGUGGGCAGUUCAACUAUAAAAAGGCCCCAUUUUCCAGGUUCGAAGAUGCCCACCUUCCUGCCCUCCUUCCUGCCCACCUUCUUGCCCACCUUUCUGGCCCAGCCGGAAGCCUACCUUUCUAGCCCAGCCGGAAGCCCACCUUUCUGGCCCAGCCGGAAGCCCACCGACCUGGCCCAGCCGUACGGCACAUCGCUGACCUGCAGGCCAUUAUACCACGGCAACUGCCAGCCAGUUGGUCCCGGCCGCGAUGGGCCGACCCGCUGUUGAACGACGACGACGACGAAUACGACGAAGACCCUGAUUUCCUGGCCGAUGCCGAGGAAUUGGAAGAGGUUGAAGAACCCAGCCUUCCUUCAAUACCACAGGCCGAAGCCAUCCGGGCAUUCAACGCGCGCCAGGCUGCCAAACGUGCCGCAAAGUCCGGCUUACCUAAUGUUCCUUCUAAGGAGCCCUCGACAGCCGACCUCCCAGCUUGCCCAAGCUCUGAUUCUUCCAACGGCUUCAACCCCCCUCCUUCGCCCUCGCCUUCGCGCUAGCAGAUCGACCCAGCCAAGCUGUCAUUUACCGAGCAUCCUUCUUCGACUAGGCCUCCGCAAAAGAACCGAUCCACCAUAUACGAAGAGAGGCUUGUCGUCAAGGCAUUACGUUUCUACAGCAAUAUAAGCAUCC